GUUGUCAUCAUUUAAUUAAUUUUUAUUAUUAUAAUCCUUAGGUUAUUAUAAAUAAACCCAACACUUUUUCCAACAAUUUGCAGGCUUCUUUAAUCCAGCAAGUCAGUUCCUUGCGCACUGAAGAGGGAGGGAGGAAGGAAGGGAAGGAAGGAAGCAUUUUACUGAAAAGGGACACGAAUAUUAAACCCCACAAAUCUCCCUCAUCAUUGUUGUUCCUUCAAGAAUGCUUCCUCCUAUUACCUGCAUUCUGUUCUUAUGUGUCUUGAGUUCCUUCUCUCCUUCCAUUAGAGCUUCCUUCAACCUCACCUUGCCCCACCAGCAUCCUUACCCUGAAGCUGUGGUUCAUGAAGUUCACAGGAGAGUCAAUGCAUCUCUUUCCCGGAGGCAACUACUCGACGGCUCCGGAAAGGACCUCAGUAGUAGCUGUCUCACCGGCAAUCCAGUAGACGACUGUUGGCGAUGCGACCCUGACUGGGCGGCAAACCGGCAGAAGCUCGCGGACUGCGGCAUUGGAUUCGGCCGCGACGCCAUGGGUGGAAAAGGCGGCCGGAUCUACGUCGUCACUGACUCAUCCGACCACGACCCGGCGAACCCAACUCCGGGGACACUUCGUUUCGGAGUGAUCCAAGAAGAGCCCCUCUGGAUCAUCUUUUCCGGCAGCAUGAUCAUCACUCUAAAACACGAGCUCAUCUUCAACAGCUUCAAAACCAUCGACGGCCGCGGCGCCAACGUCCACAUAACUGGCCACGGCUGCCUGACGCUCCAGUACGUUUCCAACAUCAUCAUCCACAACGUCCACAUCCACCACUGCAAACCCUCAGGAAACACCAACAUCCGGUCAAGCCCAACACACGUCGGUUACAGAGGGAAAUCGGACGGCGACGGAAUCUCAAUAUUCUCGUCCCGGAAGAUCUGGAUCGACCACUGCUCGCUGUCAUACUGCACAGACGGACUAGUGGACGCGAUAAUGGGGUCGACGGGGAUAACGAUAUCGAACAACCACUUUGGGCACCACGACGAAGUGAUGCUUCUGGGGCACGACGAUAAGUUCUUGCCGGACACGGGGAUGCAGGUGACGAUAGCGUUUAACCAUUUCGGAGAAGGAUUGGUUCAGAGAAUGCCGAGAUGUAGACUGGGUUAUAUUCAUGUGGUGAACAACGAUUUCACGCAGUGGGAGAUGUAUGCCAUCGGCGGCAGCGCUAACCCCACCAUCAACAGCCAGGGUAAUCGUUAUACUGCGCCGCCCAGUCCCGAUGCUAAAGAGGUGACGAAGCGUGUGGACACAGACGAGGGAGAUUGGGCGGACUGGAACUGGCGGACGGAGGGAGACAUUAUGGUCAACGGCGCCUUCUUCGUGCCGUCCGGCGGUGGUUUCAGCGCUCAGUACGCCAAAGCCUCCAGCGUCGAUCCCAAGUCCGCCGUCCAGAUCGACCAGCUCACCCUCAACGCCGGCGUCUUUGGCGAUCCCAGGGAUAAUGGGGAUCUGUUUCCCGGGUUCAGCGGCAGUGGGGCCGUCGGCGGCGCCACCAGCACCGGCAACGUGGGUUCCAGCAGCGGCGACGAUGGGGACUUCUGAAUGAUAUUCAAGGGUAGUAGCAGCGAAGCAGCACCACCCUCACUCUCCAUUGUUUCAAUCUUUUUGUCUAUUCUCAUUUUCCAUUUUGUACACUUUCACAGCCAUGCCGUCCUAUUGUCGUCCAUACUAUGA